AGAAGAAGAAGACAAAAAAGAAAUCCAAGUAAAGUAUGAAGCAGCAGGUGUGAGCCCCAGCUGUAUGCGGGCGAGGGGCGGGCACCGGAAGUAGAGGGGAGUGCACCGGGAGGAAGUAUGGAGAGCCCCGAGUUCUCCUUCACUCUGGCUUAUGUCGUCUUCUCUGUCUGCUUCGUGUUUACACCCAACGAGUUCCGCUCGGCCGGGUUCACCGUCCAGAACCUGUUCUCGUCCUGGCUGGGCAGCGAGGACCUGGGCUUCAUCCAGUACCACGUCCGGAGGACCAGCGUGACCGUCCUGGUGCACUCCGCUCUGCCUCUAGGUUACUACUUGGGAAUGUGUGUCGCCGCUCCAGAGAAAAACCUGGGAUACGUUCACCAGGUGAGUGACAGCUGGAGAGCGUUUCUACUCCUGUCUCUCUGCAUCCAGUUGACCAGCUGGACGCUGGUCAUCUACUGGUCUAGGCAUCACUGGCACAACCACCCGAUCAGCCGGGCCCUUCAGGCCCACAUCCAGCCUCCUCACGCCGGCUGGGGCUCAGUGGCAUCCAGCGUCAACACUGAGUUCAGACGCAUAGACAAGUUUUCUACGGGGGCACCUGGAGCCAGAGUUAUCGUCACCGACAGCUGGGUGUUGAAGGUGACCACAUAUCACAUCCACAUGGCCUUACAGAGUGAAUGUCAUGUGACCGUGACAGAGUCCAGGCAGCACCAGCUGAGUCCUGACCAGGCCUCCCCAGCACAGAUCUUGACCCUGAGAGUGGACAGCAUCAACCCUGCUGUCAGACCCUUUGAUAUCAGGCUCAUCUCUACAGAGUAUGCAGAGCUCAGGCAGAAGCUCCACGCUCCCAUCAGGAACUCUCCCAAUGUCGUGAUCCACCAAACCAUGAGUGAACUCUUCCUGGAAACAUUCAGAGCUCAGGUGGACCUCAAUCAACCGUACACACUCCCCAGUGGACAGGAGGUGGAGUCAUGUAUAGGCUGCAUGCAGGUUCCUGCAAACAGCAAGCUGCGCAGACUCUGCCAGGCAGAAGGAGCCCAUAACGAGUCCGAGUGCCAGCAGUGUUUCUGCAGACCCAUGUGGUGUCUGUCCUGUCUGGGUCGAUGGUUCGCCAGCCGCCAAGACCAGCAAAGACCUGAGACCUGGUUGUCCAGCAGAGUCCCCUGUCCUACCUGUAGAGCCAAAUUCUGUAUACUGGACAUCUGUGCGGUUCACUGACGAGACUAAACGGAUCCAAACCGACUGUUCAAACAUCUGUUUUGAACCCCAACAUGGUGCACAUGGCAUGAACCAUGUGACAUUUGGAGAGAUUCAUUUUGAGCCCCGAUCAAAAAAGAGGGUUGAUAUCAGUUACCCUGACCAGGAUAUGUUGAGGUUAGCACAAAGAGUCUGCUUCAACUGACUUACUACUCAACAUCAGCAUGUGAAGGCCACUCUCAAGUGAUCACAUGCGUAUUCACAGGAAUAGCCAAUCAGAACCAAGGAUUCCUCAAGCCCGCCAUUUAUUCCUCAUCUGUCUGCCAAUCAUUUCUCACACAUGCUCACUCAUUGUUUACUCGCUGUCAUCGUUCGGCGCUGUCAAUCAUGACACCAGCUGUGUAGAUCAGCUGAUCCCCUCUAUCCAAUAAGCACACUGAAACAAUGACCUGGUUAGCCAAUCAUCUCGCUGCUGUCUCAUUUAAAUGUGACUGUCUCUCUACCUUCAGUUCUUUCAUGUUGCUGUUACGCACCCCUCCACCUCCGCCCAGUCUCCACGGAUCCAUCAGCUUCAUCAACUCAUCAUUCCAUCAGCUCAUCACCACCAGGUCUGGACUCCACGGGGGGAUCUAUCUCGUUGCUGAUCGGGGCGUCGGCCCUCAAUUCCAAAUCUCCCCGUAGAGUCCAAGCGCCAAAGAGACUGAGACUUAAUCACAAAUCAUCUGUUAAUAAAUAAACAUGAUCCUUUCUUCAUC